AUGUGCGGCAUUUUCGCCUAUAUCAACCACUUGGUGGAGAAAGACCGCAAGCAGGUCAUCGACAUCCUCGUCACCGGUCUCGCUCGUCUCGAGUACAGAGGCUACGACAGUGCCGGUAUCGCUAUUGACGGCGACACGGAGAAGGACACGCUCAUCUUCAAGCAGGUCGGCAAGGUCGCCGCCCUCCGCAAGCACAUCGAUGAGUCGCACAUCGACCUCCACAAGGUCUCCAUCUCCCAGAUGGGCAUGGCCCACACCCGCUGGGCCACCCACGGUCAGCCAAGCCCCAUCAACUGCCACCCGCACAGGUCCGAUCCCACCAACGAAUUCACCGUCGUCCACAACGGCAUCAUCACCAACUUCCGCGAGCUCCGCAUGGUCCUCGAGAAGCGCGGCUUCAAGUUUGAGAGCGACACCGACACAGAGGCCGUAGCCAUCCUCUGCAAGUACCUCUACGACUCGGCACAGGGCCGCAAGCCCGACUUUACCUCGCUCAUCAAGUCCGUCCUCAAGGAACUCGAGGGCGCCUUCUCCUUUGUCUUCAAGUCCGUACACUUCCCCGGCGAGGUCGUCAUCGCACGUCGCGGUUCGCCCCUCUUGAUCGGUGUCAAGACCGAGAAGAAGCUCAAGGUCGACUUUGUCGACGUCGAGCUCGGCGGCGCCGUCGAGGAGAGCGGUUUCGGCGACGCCGGCCUCCUCGCCCCUCCCGGCGGCGACCCCUCGGGCCCCGGCUCCCUCUCGGUGCCCAACGCCAACAACAAGCUACUCCGCUCCCAGUCCCGCGCCUUCCUCUCCGAGGACGGCCUGCCCCAGCCCAUCGAGUACUUUAUCGCCUCGGACGCCUCGGCCGUCGUCGAGCACACCAAGCGCGUCCUCUACCUCGAGGACGACGACGUGGCCCACAUCGCCGAGGGCGAGCUCCACAUCCACCGCCUCCGCAGGAACGACGGCCUCAGCUCCAUGCGCUCCAUCGAGACGCUCGAGAUGGAGCUGGCAGAGAUCAUGAAGGGCUCCUUCGACCACUUUAUGCAGAAGGAGAUCUACGAGCAGCCCGAGUCCGUCGUCAACACCAUGCGUGGCCGCGUCGACUUUGACAAGCGCCAGGUCAAGCUCGGCGGACUCACCGCCUUCCUCAACACCAUCCGCCGCUGCCGCAGAAUCGUCAUGACCGCCUGCGGCACCUCGUACCACUCGUGCCUCGCCACCCGGGCCAUCUUUGAAGAGCUCACCGAAAUCCCCGUCUCGGUCGAGCUCGCCUCGGACUUCCUCGACCGCAAGACGCCCAUCUUCCGUGACGACGUCUGCGUCUUUGUCUCGCAGUCCGGCGAGACCGCCGACACCAUCCUCGCGCUCCGAUACUGCCUCGAGCGCGGCGCCCUCUGUCUCGGCGUCGUCAACACCGUCGGCUCCACCAUGUCGCGCGAGACCCACUGCGGUAUCCACAUCAACGCCGGCCCCGAGAUCGGCGUCGCCUCCACCAAGGCCUACACGUCGCAGUACAUUGCUCUCAUCAUGAUGGCCGUCCAGCUGUGCGAGGACAGGAUCUCGAUGACCGAGCGCAGGAACGCCAUCAUCGACGGCCUCCACGCCCUCCCCGCCCAGAUCAAGAGCAUCCUCGCACAGGACAAGGCGCUCCAGGCGCUCGCCCACAACACGCUCGCCAAGGAGCGCUCGCUGCUCAUCAUGGGCCGAGGCUACCAGCACGCCACCUGCCUCGAGGGUGCGCUCAAGAUCAAGGAGGUCUGCUACAUGCACUCGGAGGGCAUCCUCGCCGGCGAGCUCAAGCACGGCCCGCUCGCGCUCAUCGACGAGUCGAUGCCCGUCAUCCUCAUUAUGACCAAGGACUCGCUCUACCCCAAGGUGCAGACCGCCCUCAUGCAGGUCACCGCUCGCAAGGGCCAGCCCAUCAUCAUCUGCAACGACGACGACCAGGACAUCAAGGAGGGCAUGAAGACCAUCCGCGUGCCCCGCACCGUCGACUGCCUCCAGGGUCUCUUGACCGUCGUGCCGCUCCAGCUGCUUUCCUACCACCUGGCCACGGCUGCCGGCGUCGACGUCGACUUCCCGCGCAACCUUGCCAAGUCUGUCACCGUCGAGUAA